UAAAUUAUAUCCAGUAAUUAAAAAUACCAGCUUUUAUUAACUUUCUAUUUCCUCAUUCUAUAUUUCAACGAUUAAAUCCAUUCUAUGCAUAUAUACAUGUACAUAUUUAUGUGAACAAUUAACAUUGAUCUUUUCAAAUUCUACUAUAGUGUGUGCCGUGUAUCUGUAACUGAAUAGUGCAUCAUUUGGUUCUGAAAACCCUAAGUUUGAAGUUUGCUGUCUAAAUUGGAUAUCUUAGUGCUCAAAGAUUCGAUUUUGAUUUUGAUUUUAGGGAAUUCUUGAAAUUCCUGGAUCUGGGUGUGUGAAAAAUUAAGAUAAAUGGCGGAUCAAGAAGAUGAAGAGUUAAAAAUGGCGUUAAGGAUGAGUAUGCAGAAGGAGUCACCGGAGCCAAAGAGGAGCAAACCGGGAGAGGAGGUCGCCGGUGCCGUUGGGGAAGAAGGGGAGUCGCCGGAGUUGAAAAACCGGCGACUGCAGAGGGAAUUGAUGGCUGCUGCUGCUGAAAAGCGGAUGAUAGUGGCGGCCAAGAAUGUGGCGGAGCCGCUGGCGGAAAAGAGUGUUGGGUCUGGUAGUGGGGUGGUGGAAUGUAAGGAUAAAAGUGUGGAUUUGGUGAAGGGUGAGGAUAAAAAUGUGAAUUUGGUGAAGGCUGAGGAGAAAAAUGUGAACUUGGGGGAAGAGCUUUCAGUUGCAGAGGCUAAUGAGUUAUUUUCAAUGAUCUUUGGUUGUGAAGUUACCAGAGAUAUUCUUGGUCAGUGGACUAAUCAGGGCAUAAGAUUUAGUCCUGAUCCAGAUACAUCAAUGGGUUUAGUGCAGCAUGAAGGUGGGCCAUGUGGUGUGCUAGCAGCAAUACAGGCUUUUGUUCUGAGAUACCUAUUGUUUUUCUCGGAGGAAUUAAAUAUUGUUUCACCUAGCUUGUCCGCCAAUGUUGGUUUGAGAAGAUUGGCUGACAAAGAAUCUGCUGGAGCUGAUAUUUUUUCAUCUCUAAGUGAAGAGAAAAAAUCAAGAGCAUUGGUCAGAGGCAUGGGUGAGAUAUUGUUUAUGUGCGGAAGCAAUAGAAGGGUUGUGAUAGCAUCUUUGAGAAUACUUGAUGGUAACCUUGAUGCGUCUGAGGGGCAUUCGAGUGAUGAGGUCAUUUCUAAAGCACUUGAAGGUCUCUCACUUGAAUCCGGGGCUAACUUGCAAAAGGUUUUAAUCAUUAACACAUAUACAUCAUCAGUAGAUGCCCUUCAAAGACUUGAAGCACUGCUCCCAGUAUUCCGAAGUCGUAUGGGAGCAAUGCUGUUCCUAAUAUCAGCUCUGCUUUCUCGUGGAAUGGACUCUGUUCAAGCUGAUAGGGAUGAUCCUUCUCAACCUUUGGUUACAGCACCUUUUGGACAUGCUUCACAGGAAAUUGUGAACCUCUUGCUUUCUGGGGAAGCAGUUGCCAAUGUGUUUGAUGGGAGGAUGGAUUUGGGUGGUGGCAUGUUUGUGAAGGGUAUCUCCACAAUGGUGGAAGUUGGGUUUCUUACUCUGCUAGAGUCCCUAAACUUUUGCAAGGUUGGCCUGCAUUUGAAAUGCCCGAAAUGGCCAAUAUGGGUUGUUGGCAGUGAAUCUCAUUACACUGUCUUAUUUGCUCUUGAUACGAAAGUUCAGGAGGAGAAUGAACUUGAAAGCAGGGAAACAAAGAUCCGUAGAGCUUUUGAUGCACAAGAUCAAAGUGGAGGUGGUGGAUUCAUUAGCGUGGAAGGUUUUCAUCAAGUCCUUAGGGAGACUAAUGUCAGUCUUCCCACCGAUAAGCUUCAAAACCUCUGCAGCAGUGGAUAUAUUGUAUGGAGCGAAUUCUGGCAGGUUCUAUUAGACUUGGACAAGUGUUUGGGAGGACUAAAAGAUCCUAGUGGAUUAAUGGGGAAAAAGGUCUUUGAUCUUUACCACUUCAAUGGGAUUGCAAAAUCGGUUAUGAAUGGAAACCAGGUUUCAUCUUUAAAUGAUUUUCCGGUACAAAGGCCUAGACUCACUAAGUUGAGGGUUUCAGUUCCCCCAAGAUGGACGCCGGAGGAGUUCAUGUCUUCAGGCCCCGGUACAAGUGAUCCUACUGCAGGUAAGGAUUCUGUUACUGAAGUUUCAAAACCGGAACCUUCUCAGCAUGCUCCUUUGGUUGACUGCAUCCGGACACGCUGGUCCCGAGCCACAUGUACUUGGGAAGGUGAUGCACCAAGCAUAGUUUGAUUGGUAUUAUUGUUGAUAUAGUCUGAAACAGCCACCUUGUUUUCUGGGGAUUAUGACGUAGAGCAGGAGUCAAUUGAAGUGUGAUGCGACGCUCACAGCUUUCUGGGCAGGAAGAUUUUUGUCAUUGCAGUUUUCCAUCAAUGAACACAAUGCAAUACCAUUUACAACUGUGUGCUAUUGUAACUUUAAGAUUCUAGUUUGAUUUGGAGAAGUCCAAUUCUGAGUAUAAGAGAGGCAGUACUGUCGUUUCGAACUUGGGGCAUUAAUUUAUUCUCCUUGUGCUGUUGAUUAGGUAUUCCCCCCUUUUUUCUCCGAAAGGGAUAUCAAUAAGCAUUGGUCAUUAAUUGUUGUUGUAACUGUAAAAAGCCUCUCAUCUUUGCGGUUGAUUAGGGAAUAUCUUAUUCAGAGAAGUGUUUGUCUCAAAUACAUGGUUCUAUUAUAUUUGUUAAUGGUUGGAAUUCUUUAAA